AUGGAGAGAAUUGGGCAGAGCGAUGUCGCGACCAUCCUUGGAAGGUUGCAUCAGGAGCUCAAGUCACAGACUCGAGACAGCAAGGCUGAGCAGCACCAGCUUAUGCGCAAGGCAUUUCACUACGUCACGGCAUCCUUGCAUCAGCCGGCGCCAGUCCACGGUCCGGGAUCCAGCCUGCCGACCCGAAAGCUCAGCGAGGUGACCCAUCGGGUUCUUCAGGAGCUCUUUGCCCUCCUAGUUGGUGACAAUGGCUUUGCGCCGCCACGGAUUCGCAUUCUGAGUGCAGCCUUAGUGCGGGAGCUGUCAGCUGGCGAGGUUCCAUACUUCUUCCGAGACAACUUCGGCGGACACUUCCAUCACUAUGACCAGAACAAGGUCGUGUAUUUCCUGCCCGUGCUGUCGCAGCUGCUCAACGCGGACCUGCUGGUGCGGAACAUUCCGAGCCUAGUAACGUGGUUCACCAGCGAUUCCACCAGUGUCAGCCUCAAAACCGCAGCGCUCACCAAUCUCCUUGCAGCCGUCCAGCGGUUUCCGAACGUCUUGGACAAGGAGAAGCACAUCCGCCCAAUGGAGGUCCAGUUCUCCAAGCUCUUGACGGGGGCUUCGCUGGAGACGCGCAAAACUACGUCGACGACAUUGUUUGGGGUGAGGAUUGUGUCGACCUCUGCAGCUUGCAAUGUGACAGAGGUGGAUGGCACGCCAACCCGCGAUUUCUUCACCUGCAUGAACAAUUCUUACGAUUACUCCGAGGACCAAUUGCUGAACGUUCAUAUCUUUAGCUCCCUCUACUGUUGGCUGUUCUACCUCUACCAGGCGCAGCUUUUGCAAGCGCGAAAGCGGCAGAGCAGGGAUGACAUCGUCUCCAAGCUUGAGCAUUACGGUCUGGUUCAUGGUGCCGGUAUGGAUGCGCAAGAUCUGCCGGAGGCGAACCAAGUGCCAGAGGAGGAUUCCAGGCCGCGCUCCAGGAGCUCGCUCAUUGGCCACUUCACGCUUGAUGACCACUUCCGUGAGGUUGUCAUCAGCAUUUGUCUGCGGAUCCUGUCCCAGGUUGAACUGGACAUCGUACGGGACGGCCCACAGCAGAUGAGACUGGGAACCAGGUAUAUGAUCUCCGAGCUGGACUGGAUGCGAGAGUUUAUUGAGGGUGUUUCGAUGGAAGCUGUUCGGAUUCUGGAUCUCCUGUGCCUGAUGGACCCCUCGCUUGUGACCCGCAUCUUCCCAGCAGUGAAAAAGGUCUAUGAAAGGACAGCCAAUCGUCAGAGUGGGGUGGUGUUUGCCUCCGUCCUUCAAUUCUUUGUGAACCAUGGGCAACAUGUCAUCUUCGAUGUCGACCCUGUGCUGCACCACUUCUUUGAGGAUUAUGUUUCGGUGAGAUACAGACAACAGCUUCUGGCAAUGAGCACCUUGCUCUUUCUCACGACGAACACCUCCAAGAUGCUCUUGCACACGCCAGUGUUUCCAAAGUAUUACCCUGCAAUCAUCAAGCUCUUGGCCUGGCACCCCCGGACUCUGGCCGAAGAGGUGCUGCCAAUCGUUCCAGCCAUGGUGGGUGUGGUGCUCGGCUGCUCGGGAUGGGCAUUGAAGGGGGAGGAAGCGCACCAUCCCCAUGCCAUGGCCAAGCGGCGGUUGAUUGGCAAGCAGGAGCCGCCGGAAUGCUAUAAGCGGCAGCGAGCAGCUUCUGACCUGGAGCAGAUCGUCAAAUCUUUGAACACACAAUUCAGCGGGCGGCUUCAAGACCAGAAAGGCAUAUUGGGGCAGGCGCGAGGCACUGCUUACAUCCUGCUGGACCAAGAGAUGGCCUACGAAACAGAGAUUUUGCGCAAAAUGAUCCCAACUGCAGUUCUGUCCAACGUCUUGACGAUUCUGGUGGAGGGCAUUCCAGAGCCCCCAGACUGGCAGAAGAAGGGACCAGCCGGAGCUGGCCAGCUUCCUCCGUACAUCAGAGAAAGAACUGCUUAUGGCAUAACAUCGUACCAAGUGCGACUGAUGUGGAGCGCGUUUGAGGUACAAACACCGUACACCCCAUAUCGCAAGCAGGCGAUUGAAUGGCAGCAGGAGCUGACGAGGAUGAAGUCUGUGGCUAUGAAAAGAAUGAAGGAAGCGAGAUCUGGUGCGCUUGAGCCGCCGCUUACAAUAGAUGAGCUGGCAGGGGUGUUUGUGGGCGCUCCCAGCCUGGAGCUGAACUUUGCCUGCGCGCAUAGCAUCGCUUCAACAAGAUACCGCACGCCGUACACAAGCAGCCUGAGGUUGGCUCUUCAGAUGCGGCGGCACUUCCUGCUUGCUGCUGCAAGUGGCGAUGAUGUAAGCGGCUUCACCAAGAUGGCCUCCGGCAAAGUAGAUUUUGAGAAACAGUCUUUCUCACGCCGCUGCAAAAGGCUCAUUGCGUCGGUGAGCCAUGCCAUACACUUCAACCAGAUAAAGGCGGGAGAGAGACUCAAAGAUAUUCUGGGAAUUCAGAGUGAUACAAUUGUGAUGGAGUGGCCAUUCUCCUUGGUGCAGAGGCUCAGGGAGGUGGUAUCUCGCCAUCAAUCUCGGGUAUCCCGAGUGAAGGCUGGACGGCCUCCAGAAGAAUCUAUGCCUCCUUUCCCUCAAGGGGCGCAGAUCCCCAGACAGCUGGCGCCACGCUUCCUGGACUUCCUCCCGUUAUGCCAGGUCAUGGCCUUCUCGGCCGCCAGCUCCUCCUCCUUUGAUGGGGCCUGCGACUCGCUAAGACUUCGCCUUGCAAAGUUCCAGUGGGCGGAUUUCCUGGGCCCCCCACGCAUCUCAAGAUCAGGACGUGCUGUGCAAACCACGCAGGCCGCGCAGGCGCAGAGGUUGCUUGGCCUGCUGGGGGCGCCUCACUGCUCUGAGUGCUUUCAGGAGCUAGAUUUGUGUGAGGCGCCGAAGCAGGCCUUGGUGCCAAACCUGCUGACACCAGUUCUGGCAAACAUGCCCAACCUCCUCCUCCUCAGGCUGCCCUACCUUGUGCAAGGAGUGGGAGAAGCUAGAGCUGAAGAAGGUGUUGCAAGGGUUGCCGGCUGGAGCUUCCAUGGAAGUUAUGAGCAAGGAAGGAACAGUCCUGUUUCAGGGAGUCCAAAGUGCUUCCCUUGA